AAAAAAACAUAUUUAAGUAUUCAUGUUUAAUUAUGAUCUCAUAAUACUCGAGCGAGUUGAGUUAGUAUCACCACUUAAAUAUAUUUUAGUAAAAAUGAGGUUUCAAGAUAAAGUGGUGAUUGUGACCGGUGCUAGCUCAGGAAUCGGAGCAGCAGCUGCAAAGCUGUUUACUGAAGAAGGUGCCUCUGUUGUUAUGGUUGGAAGGAAUAAAGAAAAGCUUGCAUCAGUAGAAGCCCAGUGUAUGGCUCUGGGAAACGCGCCAUUUGUGCUCCGAGCUGAUGUCGCCAAUGAUGACGACGCCAAAAGAAUCAUCAAUGAAACAAUCGAGAAAUACGGCAAACUCGACGUACUCGUCAACAAUGCGGGUAUUGUGAGAUACGGAAACAUUCCGGAUGGUAAUCUUAUGACAACCUAUGACGAAGUGCUGAACACCAACCUACGCGCCACAGUCCACCUCACAAGCUUAGCAGCACAGCAUUUGGUGAAAACCAAAGGGAAUAUCGUCAAUAUAUCUAGUAUAGGUGGAACCGUCGCUUUCCAUAAUCAUAUAGCUUAUAAUGUAUCUAAAGCUGGCAUGAAUCACUUCACUCGGGGUGCUGCUCUGGAACUGGCAUCACAUGGAGUCAGAGUUAACGCCAUCAGCCCAGGACCUGUGUACACUGACAUUAUUGCUAACACCGGUGCUGAGAUCGAUGUAAAAAUGAGAGAUGAUAGAAUGAAGGAUUUCACUGCUCUAGGAAGAAUUUCUCAACCAGAAGAAGUGGCUGACUUGAUAGCUUUCUUGGCAAGCGACGCUGCUAAAGGAAUCACUGGAUCUGACUUUGUGACUGAUAAUGGUGCAAAACUAAAGCAUUUACGAUGAGAUUUUUGAAAAUUUUAAUUGUAUAAAUAUUUUUGACGAAUUUAUAACUAUACUGGCCUAAAUUUAGUUUGCUUAUUAUAUUUUCUUUGGUUCUAGAUAGCUUAUUCUAAAUCAUAAAUAUGAUUCAAUAAAAAUAUGACAAUAAAAAGCAAGUAACUGUCCUUGAUCGUAGUUACUCUGUAAACAGAGCGAGCAAAAAUGUCUGAGUUAUUUUCGGACACGUCUUUAUUGUAUAAUCCCGGCAAAUGUAAGAGAGUAACUUGUCCAACCAGCAGCUUUCUUUAUAAUCAUCAAGUUCAUUCGCUCUAUUCCUUCUACUUCGUUAGCAGCUGAAGUAGUCUCAUGUAGUGUGCUGCGAGAAUAUAAUGAUGUCCAUUCCGCUGUCUGUUACAGUGUCUGUGAA